ACCGGUUAAUCAAAUUUGACGCCACUUAUUGGUUGCAGGCUUCAGUGUUGUACGCCUAACUGGGUAAUUGCGCAUUGCUUUAUUAACCAGUGUCAUGUACUGCUUAACUUUGAAUCAUCUUUUUUUAUCAGGAAACUGUCUUCGUAUUCCUAGAAAAAUUAACGGACUUGACAUUUUUGUAUAGCCAAACGAUAAACGGACGAUCCCCGAGCUCCUAAUUGUGGGGAAAAUUUCACCCAUUUUGGGGAAGCUGCUAUUGUAAACUUUGAGGAAAUGGCCCCAAAAUUUACUUUUAACCUUAGUGAGGGUCAUUUGACCUUGGGGAUUUGCCCGAAAUUCCCCGGAAUUGCCCCAAAGUUCUCAAAACUUUGGUGUAGUUCAUUCGACUUUGUGGGUUUCCCUAAACUCGGGAGAUUGAGUCUGGCUAGAUUCGGUCAAUCUUGAAUCUCGCUCAAACAGUACUCACUAUUUUGUCAUGUCUGUUGUAUGAUAACUAGCUUUUCAUUUCGUUCGUGGCAGUGGUAGUUGCCAAUCGGUAUUUUCUUUAUGUUGACCUUAACCAUUCCAUCUACUCAUUUUUCAUCUUGGUAAGAGAAAUGGCAGUAAACUAAUGUGGCCUGUUACCUACUCCGGUUUGGACACCCGGUCAUAUCCCAGCCCUAGCGCAAAUCGAAUAGUUUAUGUGGCGCAUAUCUAUUUGGUGCGUCGUAUCAUCCCUGUGUUUUAAUCGAUAAAUCGUCAGCGUAUGACUAAACCGAUGAUAGGAGACUGUGACGGUCAUUUAUAUUCAAGAGGAAUAACACUAGCCGCAAAACUGUGCCUUAAAGCACUCGACUAAACACAGUUUUCCAGCUGGACGACGAGUUCACCCAUACUCUUUGUUGACGCCCACCUAGGAAGUCCUUUAUCCACAUGAACAAAUUGCCACAAACCCCCAUAUUACUUAACGUAUAUAACAGCCGGUUGUUAGGGAUGUUGUCAAAAGUUUUGUUGGAGUCAAUGCAGGUUACAUCUAUAGAUAACUUUUUGUCUUUAAUAGCGCACCAACUUUCACGAGCCACUUAUAAGUUAGCAAAAUAGGAAUAAUCUGUUCUAAAGCCAUGCUGCUUUUUAGAAAGAAUCCUGUUUUCGUCUAGGUCCUUAAACAACUUCUGAAUAAUCUUUUCUAAAAUCUUAACGACCACGCUGGGCCGAUAGUCUCCCGGUUUGUUUCGUACCUGUUUUUAAGACAGGACUAUGGAGUUCUUCCAGUCUUAAAGAUAGAUUAAAGAAUAUUCUUAAGGGAUUUGCUACGAAAUGUACUAAUUCUUUUAGUAACCUAGGAUACACUUCAUCGGGUCAUAUAGAUUUGCCUAUAUCAAGCUCAUUUAGCAGACCAAAGUCAUCGAGUUCUCAAACGGUCACAGUGCCCAGUGUGUGUAGGGAGGUUUGUAUGAACUGAAGGGGAGCAUGUCUCUACGGUAUAUACACUUCUGAAGUAAUUUGAGAAUACCUGAGCUUUACCAUAUUCGUCCUCAACCAAUGGUGCAGUACUACUGUCUCCCGAUAUUGCUGAAAUAUUUCGUCUCUUAUUCCUUUGUUUUAUCUACAAGUUUAAGGUAUUUGGUGGAUUCCUUAACAAGUUUUUCUUCUGAGAUAGUAGAAGAGGUUUGUAACUCAAGUGGAUGAUUUUGAUGCAGUUUUGUUCUCUGAAGUUUUCUCUUUUACCUGAAGUUUGUGAUGAUAAUGUUCAUAACGAUUGAAGCUCCACGACCAUACUAUCCAGCUCAGAGGAAGAAAACUCAGUUUUUCUUCGUACAGCAUUCUAGACCUCGUUCAUAUUUCUUUAUAUCUUUCCUUCUGCCAGUUAAUUUUUCUCCCUGUACUAUAUCCUUACGCACAAUCUUUCGGUGGCCAUCUUGUUGUGCUAAUGAGGUGUGGCAACUUGGUCCUACGUUGUGGCUGGCUGACUGAAUCGGUCAAUGAGGAUAGUUCGGAGUCUAGAUCAUACCUCGUCGCUUCUUUUACAUGUUGCAUUAGGGCACAUGUGAUAACCGCAUCAACUAGUUUCUGUCCGAAGGAAUUUUCUCACAGUUCCGUUCUCAGAUUCUUCCAAUCUAACGUAGAUACGUUAAAGUCUCCUAAGAUUAAACACCAACCACUUUGUGACCAUGUGUUGAAACCAUCUAACAAAACCUCAUUUACCUCACAGUUUGGGCUGUAGUAUACCAAGCCAAUCAGCAGCUUUCUUCAAAGGACAACAAAUUAACUCACACGUCCCACUUCCAUGGGAUCAGUUUUCAAUAACGGUAAAUGGAAUGGUAUUUUUAAUGAAUCCUAAUCAAUCCUUUACACUUCUUGAUUCUGUCGUCUCUUACUAAUGUGAAACCUUCAAAAUCAAGCUCCGUGCUGUCCAUAAACUGAAUAAGUCAAGUGUUUGUGACUGCGACUACGGGCGGCUUGGUAGGGUCUAUCUGUACACCUAGCUCUGAUCGCUUAUUGAGCAAGCUCUGGGCAUUCGUGUAACGGGUUCGAGGACCAUUUAAAUGGCUUCGUACUUCACCCAAAGUGGCUUUGGCAUCAUUCCCUGUCGAAGCCUCACAACCCGAAAACUUACAAUUUUUAGGUCGUUCUCGCCAGCAUCUAACCUUAGUUUUAGUUCUUUUUUAGCUUCUCGUUUUUUUAUACGGUCUGCAAGCGGCAACUCUUUACGGACAAAAAGUCCUUACCCAUUUAUCGCGUGCUCAUUCUGUAGUAUUAAGUCUCUUUCAUUUAGAGAUUUAAAUACUACUUUUAACAACCUGGUGUGAUUCUGUUUCAAGUCCUUUUGGCUACCCAGUUUGUAAACCUUUAGCAAGGUGACUGCAGGGAUAUCCUGAGGCAUUAGCUGGUCUAGUAGCUCUUUUAUCGACUCAAUGUCAUGCUCAAUACUUCUGAGGUUUUAGCUUUCACUCCUUGACUCUAUGAAAGGCAACUACUCUGUCACUAAGAUCUGUUUUCAAUUUUCAGGUCCUCAAAUGUCCUAGUACGGUCAGGAAUGGGGAGACUCAGCCCUCCUUCUUGAAAUGCUCUCACAUGGCCACGUGCAUACAAUCACUGCCUGGAAAGUCCUACUCACUGCCUUCUUGCGCCAGGGGUGUUAUUUACGAAAUUGAGGAGACAAAAAGCGAAUGUCCGGUGCUUUAACCGGGUUGGUGGACACGGAGAGUCCACCUAGGGGAUAUGGAAAACCCUGAUUCCAAAACAAUGGUGCAUAUGGGCUCCAGCAUCUAGAAGGAACAAAUGGCAUAUGAACCAAUCGUUGGUCACCGGCUACCAUGGGACUGCAUCUUCUGACGUUGCUCCACUGCCUUGUCGAUCAGACUUCCAGAUCGAAGGCUCCGGGUGUGGUUCCCUAAGAGAACUACCUGCCCCGGCUUGGCCACCCGGUCGGUAUCCCAGCCCUCACACAAAUCGACUAAUUUAUUUGGCGCCUAUCUAUAUGGUGCCUCCUUGUACCAAUGUUUAUGUGUUUAAAUAAAUAAAAUCUCAGCUACUUUUUGGGGAACACACUUUUCUUUAGUAACAUUUCAUCUAGUUCACAAAAUUCCAACCAGAUAUUUGCUCUUUUUAUAUUAUUUAAAUAGGCUUAUGUAUAAUUAUUAGAAUAAGGUCCGUCUUAUCUUACUCAACUUGGCUAUAACGUCUACAUCUACAUUUUAAUUUGAAUAUAGGAUUCAAUAAUUUUGUCUAUUAUUGUUUUCUAAUUCGUUAGGCAAAACGCCUAAUAUAUAAAAAUUAAAUCACUAGGUUAUUUCGAAGUACUUGAAUCGAGUAGAAUAGUUGGGUGUAAGACGUUUUUAUAUUUCUCAAAGUUUUCUUGUGCUUUCUUUACUGCCUUUGGUUACAAAACCAGUCAAACUUCUUCAUUUGGUAUCAAUAAAAGGUUUUCUGUAUUGAUAAUCGUCUGUAUAGUUAUAUGUAAUAAUAGUGCACUGAGCUGCUGCCCAGGUUUUGUAACAAUUACACGACAGGAUAGAUUGCAUUGCUCUCAGUAUAAAGCUCAUAGCUGCAGUUGGUUUACACCAACUUUAUUGCAUAUGAUCGGUUAACAUAUACAUAAUAUAAGUAUAUAAUAUGUACAUGAAACCUCAAUUAAAAUGUUUACUCUUGAUUGACGAACCUCCGGUGUUAGAUAAUUACAAUUAAUCAUUUAAACCACGUGUAUGGAAGACGAGUAUUCUUUCCAAUAAAUUCUUUUCAGACUCCACAGUUAUUUCAAAUUGAUAAUCUGAAAGUGGUCAGAUUUAAGGCAAGUUUUUCGUGUAAAAUUAUAGCAUGUUAAUUUAGGAUUGCUUGUAAAAUAACAAAAAUUUUAGUGUUAGGAUGACUAAUCUGAAGUAUAGACUUGACUUUUCUAGUUUUUUUUUUAGAUAGUUUUAGUGUUACUGACUUAUUAUGAGACUGUUUUUUUGUAAAAAUUUCAUUCUUUACGACUCAGAAUAAUCAAAUUCAAUGCUCAUACACAAAACAUUGAGAUUAUUCCAUUGCACUAAGUGUUUCACUCGUCGAAAGAGUGUAUAUACUACGACGCUAAAUAAUCCGAGAUUCCAGUUUACCAUACAUUCGAAACCCAUUGAAUCGGUAGCUAUUAAUGUACGUUGUCUCUUUAAAAUGAUGUUUCUCCAAGACUAAGUGGAAUCAAUUUUAUAAUCAUCAACUGAAAAAUGCUGCUCAGCAUAAAUUUAUUCUUCACGAUGGUCCACCUUAUGCCAAUGGUGAGUUGCAUGCUGGGCAUGCACUGAAUAAAGUACUAAAAGAUGUCCUUCUUCGCCUCAAACUUCUUUCUGGUCACUCGGUUGAGUAUAUUCCUGGUUGGGAUUGUCACGGUUUACCAAUCGAACUCAAGGCCGUAGAAAAUCUAAACAUAUCAUCUCCAGAGGAAACGCGAAUGUUAGCUUCACUACUAGCCGAGAAGUUUGUUAGAACCCAAAAAAAAUCUUUUCAAGAUUGGGGUAUUAUAGGAUCAUGGACUGGAUGCUAUUCUACAAUGGAUAAAUGUUUUGAGGCCGUUGAACUUAAAGCAUUUUCAGAUUUACAUUCCAAGGCACUUCAUCGUUUGUGCAAUUAACGUUUUUUCAUAGGGUUUUAUUUUUCGAGGGUCCCUACCUGUCUAUUGGUCCACAUGUACAAAGUCUGCUAUAGCUGAAUCAGAGCUGGAAUAUAAUCUUGAACAUAAAAGUUGCUCCGUUUAUCUGAAAGUCAUUUUAACGAAAUAUAACAACCGUCUAAGAAAAUAUGUUAGCAAGGAUUCUAAUCUGUAUGCUGUAAUUUGGACCACCAAUCCAUGGACUAUAUUUUCUAACGAAGCUAUAGCAUAUGACUUAAAUGCUACUUACGUUCUUCUACGAUGUCAAGCGUCACGGGAGGUCUAUUUAGUCAGCAAGAAUUUCUCGGAUCACUUGAUAUCUCUUUUACCGGGAGCAGGAUUACACAAAGUUGAUGAACUAAUAGGUAAUGACCUUCAUGGUUGUUUUUAUUACCAUCCAACCCGUGUUUCCUGUGAAGUGCCGUUUUUGCCUAGCUCUCAUGUUUGUGAGUCUGUCGGUACUGGUUUGGUUCAUAUAGCUCCUUGUCAUGGGAAGGAGGACUUCGAAUUGGCAAAAAAAUAUGAUUUACCAUUGGUAUGUUCACUGCCAUAAACUUUCCUUUUUUAGUAAAAUUUAAAAAGCUGUGCACAAUAAGUUUUUACUAAUUUAUCGGCUUACAAAACUAGAUGGGUUACAUUAUCAGCACUUUUGAAUUUUUCUACUGAACUUCUAUCGAUUAAAGGAAUUUUUCUAUCUAGAACUUGUUUGUCGAUGAAUCUGGUUGUUUCACUCAGGAAAUCGGUUCGGGAUUGGCGGGUCUCAGCGUGUUGGAUGAAGGGAAUGCUUCAGGUAUGCUUCUCUCUACAUAGUGUUUUUCUUUCAUUUACAAUUUGGCUUCGUUAUCAGGUGACUAACUUCGGGACCCGGAAACGUCCCUUUUAUUCGAGGCGUACCCACUGUAUGCGUUCUUAGUCCAUUGACUCUUGGAGUGUCUCCUAACCUGUAAACCUAAUGCCAACCACAAAGUCAUCAGUUCUACUGUAGAGCCAUGAAAGUUAUCUCUUUCAUUGGUUACUAAUAGAAUUUUUUAUUUACUAAUGUUUAAUGUGAUAUUUUUCGUACAUUUAAAGUUUUAAGAAAUUUACUAAUCUUUAUUGCAACCCAGUUUUACCGAAUUCAUCGGAGACGGUUUUAGGUAAUACAUUUUAAGCUGAUUGUCAAUGUUUUCAUUUAUGACUAAGUUGUGCUUUAAAAUACCAAGUUUAAACUUUGUCAAGCAACAUCAUUUGUCGUUCAACAUGGUUUACAGAUUAUUAUAAUUUUCUACACAAAUCGACUACAUUGCACUAACUUUUUAAAAUCGGAAUCGUCAUAUCUUACCACAGCAUCUUUACAAGCUGCUUUUUAGUCCUUUAAGGUUUAUUCCAUUGUCACACGUUUCAUAUUGUUUACAUUUAGUAAUGAAAUUACUUGAACCAAUCACUAUACACAAAGAAGUUAUAUCUCACAGCUAUCCUUACGAUUGGCGUACGCAGAAGCCUGUUGUUAUCCGACUCUCAAAUCAGUGGUUUGUUGAUACAGAAAAGAUAUCGCAUUUUGCUUUGGUAAGUAUAGUCAACGGUUUACUCAAAACAGUUAUUCGUCACUAUUUUAGCCUGAUACUCUGUGGUAUUACUGGAUGAUCACUGUUGUAAUUGGGAAAAUAUUUCAUUGAAAAAGUAUUGGAAGAUCGCAGGCUUUUACUAGUGAAGUAAUUCGUUUCGAACAAUAAAUGUAAAUAUUUUCUAAAUGCGGACCACUAAGAAACCAAAACUUCCUCUUCCCACCACCAUUCCAGGUUAGUCUGAAGACAGCAGACAUUUCUUGAGGAUAAAAUUUUUUAGAUGCACAAGAAAAUGAAAGCCCGGCCAUUUACCGUUUACUAUCAGAUUAGGGAAUCACAACUGUGAUAAGUAAAAAAAAAUCAAUUAAGUUUGGCCAUAUCUUAGGUGGUGAAAACCAGUGGCACAUAAUGUAAAGAUAUUUAGCGAAAGAGAACUUGGUUCAAAAUAUUUUUAACAAGCUGAAGGGAUUCUUGGAGGAUUAAUUACCCCUAACGUAGAAAGAUAAAAUGUUUAUCGACUACAUCUUAGUGUUUAUUCGCCCUUGAACUUUUAAUAUAUACAUUUUUGAAAAAGUACGUUAGGACCAUUAUACCAGUUGGUUGUUCUAUCUUUAUUUUGGUUAACAUAACUAUUCAAAGCUGUCAUAACCAUCAAACGUACUUAAAAACGUCUGAAUGGGUAGGAAUACCCGUACUCAUUAGUGCCUUCAAAUACGCUACUAGAAAAGCUCAUCCAAAUAUUUUAUUAUGAAAUGACUAUUACUGUUUCCAGACCUUGUUUCAAAACAUCUUAUUCUAUUCUCUUUUAGUGUGGUGCAUUCUAGUUCUCAAUGAUAUUUUAUGUACUCUUUUUGUAUAGGAAGAAUAUAAAAAAGUUAAUGUUAUUCCUGCUUCUCAUAAGCAUUCUAUGCUUCCAUUCAUAUCUCAAAGACCAAAUUGGUGUAUAUCACGUCAACGAGCUUGGGGUGUUCCAAUUCCCGUACUUUUCAGAAGAAGUGACAAUUCCCCAAUCGUAGAUUAUGAUUUAAUUGACCAUAUUAGUAGCCGUGUGGCCUCCGAAGGUAGUGAUUUUUGGUUUACCGAAACAUGUGAUCGACUUAUCCCUGAAAUAUUUUGGAAAAAGUGGUCUCUUGCAAGUCACGACGUAUAUAAAAGUACAGAAGUAUUUGAUGUUUGGUUCGAUAGUGGUCUUUCAUGGUUGUGUGUUAUAAAUAGCAGUAAUUAUUCACGCUUACCUUGUUCAAAUCUUGUUGCAGAUACGUAUUUGGAAGGUCAUGAUCAAUUUCGUGGUUGGUUUUCAGCUUCACUUUUACUUAGCAUUGCACUUACUGGACGUGCACCUUUUAAGUAAUUAUAUAAUCAAAUGUUUAAAUUCUUCUUACAUGUAUGUUUGGAUUUGUCUUUCAUUUAUCUGUACUUCGAACUUCAGUUCACUAGAUUAGACUACCAUAAUUCUAAUUUGUUUUUUGGAAUGGAUAAUGUAAAAGGAUUACAGGCUUUACAUCAAUUAUCGCCUCCGAGUUGUUGCUUGUGGUCUAUUGACUACCUUACAACAGUUUCCAAGUUUUGCUUUCGACUUUAAAUGGAACUAUGUUGGUUGAAAUCUUGUAAUACAUGGUUUUGCUGCAGAUUCGUGUGGUCGUAAAAUGUCGAAAUCUUUAGGAAAUGGUAUUACUCCAAAAGAAAUAAUUUCUAGUCAAAAUGGAUGUGUUGAUAUAAUGCGUCGAUGGGCAUGUUUUUCUGGUUUAGAUCCUAUAUGUCAUUUAGGUUCUAAGGAAAUCAAUCAAAAUGCUGCUAGUUAUAAAUCUCUACGCAACAGUCUACGCUUUAUGACUGGAAAUUUAUACGACUUUUGUCCAGUUACCCAGCUAAAUUAUAAUGAAAAAUCAAAUUAUUCAUUGUCUAAAUUAACUUUGGACAUGGCAAACAAUGUUAGUGAAAAUAAUUGCAAUUCUUUUUGUCUUACUGCAUUGGAUAAAGCUGUUCUCUAUUCGCUUUCAACUAUUAUUUCAAAUUCAUUGAAUACCUACUAUCCACAAUUUCGAUAUAAUACAAUUCUAGCUGAAAUUGAUCAAUUUCUAUCGUAUUUAUCAUCUGUAUAUAUAACUUCAGUUAAAGACAGGAACCGGUCGGGUGAUUUGGUGUCCGAGAAUACUAAGCAAUAGGAAUAGCUCAGUCAUACCGUAACAAAGAGAUUACAACACGCGCAAAGCUCUCCAGUUGCUACUCAUCCUUUGGAUGUUCGCUUCCAUAUCCCGACGUAGUGUGUUCUUCAGCCUUCCUCUUUUUCGCUUCCCUUAAGGAUUCCAGAUUAUACUUCAAUAGUCCAGAUGAUCCAUCGCGACGUAAUACACAGACGGUGUUUUGGUUAACUGUUGAAUGUGUAAAAGCUCUUUUAGCACCAAUUUUACCUUAUUUAAUGGAAGAAGUGGAGUCGGUAACUUGGAAUCUUUUGUCAUCUCAAUUAAAUGACUUUAAUCAGUCCACAACUCUUCUGGAACGUUAUUCAUCUUUAUCCUUGCAUAAUUAUUGUUCUGUAGACAAGUCUAGACCGUGUUCAGAUUGGACGUUAUGCUUAUCGGCUAUGAACCGGUGGGAUAAGUUUAAAAAUUAUUCAAAUUACGUAAAUACUGCUUCUUCAUUGUUUCAUUCUUUAACCAAUUCACUGCCAAAAGGUGAUGAACAUAUACCUUCUACUAGUCCCUUGUCAAGUGCUAAUGUACAUAUCACUAUACCAACAAAAAGUCAAGAAGUAUAUCACAUGUUAAAAGCUCUUCAUCCGUUGGAAUCAUGUGUUUCUGUAUCAUCAGAUUUGUGCUAUAUACUUCGGGCAUCUUCAAUUUCGUGGUCAUGUGGUUCAUACGAAGAUAAAGUUACUGACACAGUAGGAUAUUAUCAUUUCAAUUUAAACGAUAUGCAAGUGUCAGUAACAUUUCCUUUGGGAAAUCAGACAGUCAAAUGUCAGCGUUGUAAUAGGCACACGAAUAACAAUUUUAAAGAUAACUUAUGUCCCCGUUGUAUACAGGUAUUAGAUGGUUCUUCAUUUGCAAAACAUUAGUCAAUUCCUUGUAAAUUACUUGCUUUUUUAGUUGUAUUACAAAAAUAAGAUAAAUAGUCUUGCUUAUUUUGUUUCAUUUGAAAUAUCUUGUUUUCUAUUUAAAACUCAGACUAAUUGAUACGUUGGCUAGUUUAUCAUUUAAAUGUAAAUACUUCGUUGUUCAUAGUUGAAUAUUUAAAUUCAUCAGAAUAUGUGACAUUUUGAAUCCCAGUUUAUAAACCUAGAUUCAGCUAACUGAAAUUAUAAGCAGUUUGUAGUCUUAAUGUUUAAACAAUCUCAUUCGUUUAAAUGUUUUCAUCCUUUUUUUGACUAUACACUUACAAGAUUUUUUCCACGCCUUUGUGAUAAACUGUUGAGUGUAUGAUAUUAUACGUCAGUGGAUAUUAUGAAUAGCAUUGUUUGUCAUAAUUUCAAUUGACGAUAGUUUCACCCGGGAAUAACUCAAAUUAUUUUUCAACCUGUUUGUCAGUUAAUUUAAUUAGCGUAUAUAUUUCCAACAAAACACACUAUUUAUUCACUGGCAGAGAAAAAUAAAAAAAGUGAAUUCGAUAAUUGACUAAAAAGCAUGCAUAUCCACAAGAAUAAACCUCUUAUUAUUAAGUGUUAUAUCUGAUGAUAGUACCAGCGAAAAACUGUGUUUGGCAUUUUUAUUUACAAAAGAUAUCUCAGUAACACUUCUUUCUUCCACAUGAAUAUCUUUAGGAUAUCAGUCUAUAGGUUAGAAAAGCGUUCGAUCUCCAACAAAAUGAGCUCGGUCGAUGAUAGAGCUAUGAGGGUGAAUGUCACUUCCCUGUUUCCCACACCAUGGAAGGAUAUUUCUUCAGGAACCUAAAAAAGAAGUUAAAUUAGUGGUCUUAGCGACCUGGGAGCGUGACUAAAUAGUCCAAGCAACAAUUAUUUGAGGUCGGUCGAUCACGGCCUUUUUAUGGGAAGUUUUUGAUGUGUUAGCUCCGCACUUCAAAAGACCUUUCGCCUGGAGACGGAAAUCCGUAGAAUAAGGUGAAGUGUCACAUUUUUAAGGUCAACCUUUUCUAACCGCUUUCUUCCGUUGUGAGAAAACAGCAUCUCCGCAGAUGCUCGUUGUUUGAGGGAAACUCCUUACUGUUGUCACAGCCUUCUGCAGUCAGCAGUACGGCUUCCUUGUCUGGUCUUAAGGUCGACUAUACGUAAAAUAUAUUUUUUACAGUUUAACCGGAAGCGGCUCACAGCUAUUUUUGUGAUAUAGACGAUAUAACUCGACGAGAAAUAACGCUUUCGUGGAAUGAAGAAAAAGUGUAAGAUAAUUUUGGAACUUGGGAUCUAAAGGAUGAUGCGUGAGUGCAGCUGCACUAUUACGAACGAUUUUGAAGCAUGUCUCCCAUCGUCUCCAACCAUUAGUUACGAUAAUCAUGUGAACCGCAAGCAAAUAUUUUGAAUAUACCAACAUAGCUUAGUGCAACUGAUUCUGUUUCUUUAUUUGAGUACUUCUAACUUUCAUACAACUUACUCUUACACCAUCUGUCAUUGCACAUCGAGGUAGGCCGAGGUUAGACAUACGUAACAUACAUUCCAGUCGCUUUAUUCGACGGCAACUCACUGCAUCACCACUCGAUUUCACAUGCCUAUCUGGUACCCUAUGGCUAACCUCAGCACAGGGCGCUCAGUGGUCUCAACAUGCACAAGCAAUGCUUCGAGUGCAUUUGUGGUUGAAUACUAGGGACUUACGAAUAUCGAUGUAGAGAAGGAGAUCCUGAACAUAAAUUGUUGGUCAAGGCGAUAGGAUUACUGCAUUAUGUCAAGGUCUUCACCAAAUAGAACCAUAUCAUCGUCGUAUUCUAAGUCAACAAGUGAAUCUAUCUGUAGAAUAUAAAUCCUUGAUGCUGUAGUCACUGACUAUACAAAUUGGCAAAAAGGUGUGUCGGUUCAAGUUACCAUCAAGUUGAAUAGGCCGUACUUACAAGCAAUUAUACUUAAUUGAGAAUUCAGACGUUGUGUACAGAAUGAGUUAGCAGAUUUCAUUGUAUUGAAAAAAAAACAUUUAACAAUCAUCUAAAACUAAUUUAGGACUAUAUUCUUUAUCUCCAGAGUACAGUUGUACUGUUAAAUAUGAUGAUUAUUUCAAAAAUAGGGUUCUCAUGAAGCAAGUAAUAUCAAUUGUUGUAACUAAAUUAUUUUUAAUUUAUUUGUUAUAUUUUACUUAUGUGGGAUGAUUUCUAUGACGUUUUUAUUAUAAAUAUUGUAAUUCUAUGUAGUUGAGGUUAUCCAACAGACAAAAUUAAAAUAUUUUUAUUAAUAGGAGGGAAUCUUGUGUAAAUGACGUAGUAAAGUGAGAAUAACCAAAUUAUAUUUCCAUAUGUUUAUCUAAUUAAAUGUGUGUAUGUCUUUUCUAAAGCGGUUGGUUAUUGGAUAAUGCUAGAUAGAAACUAAAUGAUUGAGGCAAGCGGUCAAACAGUAUUAAUCUCCGAAAUUAAGGUCAUUGUGUCAAAUCGGAAGAAGAAUAUGAUAAUGACAUUAACGAACAGUCAAUUUGAAUGUCAAAAUGUCAACUUCAACGCAAAUGUUUAAUGGAUUAAAGCCAUAAAAAUGUUAUUUUACUCAUAAGUUUGGAUAGUUCUUACAUUUGUUACACUUGGUGAACGAAAACAAACAACCUUGAUGAAAUUUAGUAGAGAAAUCAAUGCCGUAGUUGGUUAGCUGCAUUUAGUUCUUCAAAUAAACGAUUUUUAAACAUUUAUUGAGCACUUCUUAUUGCACUAUGAGUUAACCUAGUUCUUUUCUUUACGCGAUCAACUGACUUUGUGCAUUCUAUCUAACGGUAGCUUUCAAAUAUUGCCCUUAACGUCAGAUGUCAUAAAAAAUGAUUUGAUUACUUAAUAUUGCACAGCUACGUAGCAAUGUGCCAUAAUCUGUCCCAAAAUACUCUCAAAAUUUAUGUAAUUGGAUAAAUAUAGAAUUUCAUAGUUUAAAUCACAAACUGAUCUUAGAUCAGCAUUAAAAACCUGGAAGCACCGGACGACCGUUUGAUCCCAGUAUGGAACGUCUCGCUAGUGCACAUUCACGACCCUGCAUCCGGAAAUCGAACCUAAGACCCUUUGUUUCGCGAGCAUGCGCAUAACAUCAACGUUAUGUUCUUAUAGGUUGUUAAUUAUCACGUGAUACGAUCGCCAAUUAGAACACCGACUUACUGACCAGAUCAAUGACACAUAACCCAUUACCAGCAGUUCAGAGUCAACUCUGAUUUCUUCUUGAUCCACCAAGAUAGUAGCUUCUCGCCUAACCCAGCCGGUUCAGUCCAGAACACCGAUAUUAGCCUCCGCUGUAUGAAUCAUGUAUUUGAGAUAUACUGGGUUUAUAUACAAAUAAACCAGACCAACAACAUCAUAAAAUAGAAGAUAACAAUUAUGCAAGAUCAGGCCGGAAAGUGGCUGUGAUUGUGAGAUACUGUUACUAAUAGAUUGAGAAUAACUUAAGAAUGGUGAAUCGUAUAAUAGUAGUCAGUUAGUUGAGUUACAUCCGCUAUCCCUCGUGAAGGAGCGAAGGCCGCCCACAAACAUUCUUCAUCGAACUCUCUCCCGCGCAAACCUCUCCAGUUGCUACUCAUCCUUUGGAUGUUCGCUUCCAUAUCCCGACGUAGUGUGUUCUUCAGCCUUCCUCUUUUUCGCUUCCCUUAAGGAUUCCAGGUUAGCUCUUGCUUCGUGAUGCAGUUUGAUUAUCUCCUUAAUGUAUGUCCGACCCACUUCCAAAGUCUUGACCGUUGUUUUGUCUUCCAUGUGUUCUUCGAUUGUAGGAAUGCUGCCCUUCUUUGCCAACCCAUAAAUUUACACCAGCAUCUGAUCCUCCUUUUUCAUCGAUGCUGCUGCUCAGAUACGUGGAAGAUUCCACCUCUUCCAGAGCUUCUCCAUCAAAUGUGAUUAGAUUGAUGUUCUUUGUGUUAAAUUUGAGGAUCUUGCUUUUACCCUUGUGUAUGUUGAGGCCUAGUGAUGCAGAGGCUGCUGCUACACUGACUGUGAUUUGUUGUUGUGUAUGGGAUAGAAGGGCCAGGUGAUCUGUGAAGUCCGAAUCUUCUAGUGGAUUCCGAGUUGUCUAUUGUAUUCUGUGCUUCCCUGAGAUGUCGAGGUCUUCAUAAUCCAGUCAACCACCAGGAGAAAGAGAAAGAGGGAAGAGUAGGGAGUGUUGUCUGACUUCGGUCCCUAUUUGGAAUGCAUCUGUCCUCGAUGCACGACUUCUCAGUGUAGUCCGUCGUAUGAAUUUCGCAUGAUGAUGCAGUUUGUUCAGUUGUCCAUUGCUUAUUUAGCUUUAGCUUCAUCUUGGCAACCAUCAGGUGGUGAUCUGAAGCUAUGUCAUCUCCUCUCCUGGUUCUCACAUCUUCCAUUGACCUUCUGAAUUUUUUGGUGACGCAAAUAUGAUCGAUGUGAUCCUGUGUGGUGUGAUCCGGUGAGACCCGUGUAGCUUUGUGUAUUCGUUUGUGUUGAAAUAUUGUUCUGUCUAUAACCAAUUUGUUGAAUGCACAUAGAUUUGCAAAUCUCUCACCAUUCUCGUUCGUUUUGCCCAGUUAGUCCAUGUCGUCACAUGAUAUCUUAAUAACCGCUAUUGUUCAUUCCGACUUUGGCGUUUGGGUCUUCCAUCAUUAUGGUUAGGUCCUUGCCUGAGCACUUCACUAUGAUCGAUUGUUGGUUGUAUAACAUUGGAUAACACUCAUUGUAAUUCCCUCGUUCUUUGUUUCGAAUGAUACUUUGAUGAUCCUGGGUUCAUGAGAUUCCCAUUCUAUAAGCGCUUUGCGUGUUUGUUUGGACGGCAUCAGAUCAACUCCCUGUGUGUUUGUGUGUGUGUGUGUGUGUGUGUGUGUGUGGAGCAUUUACUUGUUUGUGACCAGAAUACAAUAGCAUCUCUCCCGAAUUUACUCUUUUCUGUUCAAUUUGGAUCCAAUAGUUUCUACAUAUUGGGAGAAUCGCCAAGUUGCAUCUCCUCAUUUCGGUUGCUGUUUGACUGGUGCUCCCGAUCUCUCAAAUUGUUCGAACAUUCCGUGCACCUAUAAUAAUGGUUGCUGUGGUUGUUAGAAGUAUCGAUCUCGUGACUUCCUUAGGAUCUCGGCUUUCAUCGUGAAGCGUCAUAAUUCUUCCUUGUACUCGGAGGGCACAGUGUAAAUUGUUUGAUUUGUUUAUUCUGGUUAAUGUUUCUUUAGCGAUGUAUUUUCCUGCGGGAUGGGGUUGUCGACCACAUGUCCAACCCUCCUCGUUUACCCGUGCUUGAGACUGACAGUCACUCUAGGAGAGUCACAGGUGGAAUUCAUUUGGUAAGAUUUAAGCUUAUAAUAAAUGGAAUAUACAAUAAGAAUAUAUAUUAUUAUAAUCCAUAAAUAAAUCCUAGCGGUUACUAUUCACUUAUUGUUCUUCUGUAUAUAAUAUUCUAGACCCACUGGGUUUAUUAUCGUUGUUUUGCUGUUCCUAUUGUGCAUGUAAAUAUAGAGAGAGAUUGGUAGUGAAUGUUAUAUUGGCAGCCAAAUUAUCUACAAUAGAAGGAAUAACUUAUUUAUUUAUUCAUUGCUUCACGCUACAUAACAAUGACUGUUAGUUCUCGACGAGACUGAUCUUCAGUUUUUCCCCAUUUCAUCACCUUUUGUUUAUUUCGUUAUACUACUUAUUAUUAUUCAGUAGCUGGCGUCGUUUUAAAUCAUUAUGAGGAAAUAGCUCAUAACUUUUCUUCCUUGGUGCAUCUUGUUAAACUUCUAACUUUGAUUAUUGUAAUGCAACUUCUUAAAAUUUAAAGCAGCUAGUCCUUUUUAUGGAUUUUGAUCGAAUAAUGAGAUGAUAUGCAAACUUAAGAAGUAGAAAACUAUGUUCAUCGUUAACAAAACAUUGAAUUGAAACGGCGUAGAGAAUUAACAUUGAGACCGAUUGGUUAUUCUGCAUUUCAAACUUUCAUUUUUGCGUAUAAAAAUAAGUUUUCAUAAUCUUGAGUUUGAUUUAGGAAACUUUGUUGGAGUUUUUGAUCUGGCAUAUUGCGAAAAUUUCCUGUCCUUGCCUUCAUCAUAUCGAUGUUUUUCUCUCGUUUAUUUAUAAAUAUCAAUUUAUAUGAAUUUGGAAUUUUAUUUAAUUGAGUUUUAUUAAUUUACAUAUAGAAUGCUUGGAUUAGAUUGUUUCGAGAUGUGUAUCCCUAAUUCAUAACAUUUUUUUCAGAUCAACUGGGUCUUUUCUUUUGAACACUUCCAAUUUCUGUGCAUUCACUGAGCUUUCGUUUGAUUUUAACAUUUUCUAUCUUUCUUAUUCGGAGUCCUGUUCUUUCUAUUUUUGUUCGCUGUUUUUUUUAUUUUAGACACAUCUACUAGCUGUUGACCACUUUAUAACAACCAUUUCAAAAAGUAUUUGUCUAUAGACUGUAUAAAAGUAGAAAUCAUAUCGUACAAUUAUGUUUGUAAGUAUUCUUCAAAUAUUUUCUUAAUAAUAGUUGUGUGUUUAAGGCAACUCCCUCUUUCUGACCACAGAACAUUUACAAGCAACUCGGAACUCGUGAUAUUAUAGACAAGUGUGGUAUUGUACGCCAAAAAUAUACCCAGAUGGAUUAUUAUGUAAGCAACACCCUACUAGAUAAAAUGUCAGCCUAAAUAGUUUAAGGAAUUAGUUAAACUUUUAUUUCUAUUUAGAAUAUUAUUCAUUAAAUAAAUAGAAACAUCAAGUUAUUUCAGCAAAGAAAAAUGAAACUAAUUCAGAAAGUUUGUCUGUAUAAAUCUCUUUUUAGGAAUUUUCCCCAACCAAAUAUAUUAUGCAUUUAAGUAGGCCAGACUUUCAUUUGCAUUUUCAUGACCCAUGUACUUAGAUUUUGGCUACAUACAAAUGGUGGUGUUUUGAAAAAACUAUAUUUUAUGCAAAGGGGUUAAAACGAACUCACUUUGAGAGAGAUUUUUUAUACGAUCCUCACUCAGAUUCUGUAAAUGAUGUACUUUGUGAAAACUUGAAAUUGGAAGUGAGGAGAUCGCAUUUCUUUUGUUACGACAUAUUACUUACUAAAUUGUUUGAGUUAUUUUAAAUCAUUACCAUUGCGUGUGAAAUGUAAGUCAUGGCCUGUCAGAUUAUUUAGAAAUAUGUAUAACAGCAACCACAAGUGAAAUGGUUUAAAAUAUUUUAGAGCCACAUGGCACUUUACAGUAAUUUCUUAGAAAGUCUAAUUUGAAAUCAAACUUAGUCUGAUGUUCGAAGAAGCUAGAGGGAUUUCACCUGUCAUUUCUUGACGUACGACACUUAAACGUCCUCCCCAGACGCUACUUAAUAAUAAAGUCGCCAAAUUUCAUCGCAUAACAUUGAUCUAAAGAUUUUGAAGAGUUAGAAUUAUAGUUUGAAUUCCCGACUUCUCUAGUUAUUAUUGACAAUAAUCAAACUGGUCAUAAUCUUCAGACGGAACCAAUAAACAUUCAAGCUGAA